AUGACCUCAAAAGCACCGGCCGCGUUUCAGGAACACCAGGCCAGAAAGCGCCUGGACCAAUUUGCCGCCGACUUAGAAACGUCAAUCAACCAUGCGAUAAAAUUCAGCCCGUAUCGAAAGACAGCAGUCAUCGCCUUUCAUUGGGAAAACGACGAUAUAGGAGUCGAGCCCCUCGAGAGAGAACUUCUAGACGUCUUUAAAUCAGUUUAUGGAUUUGAGACUGAGAGCUUCUCGAUUCCGCUUUAUGAAUCUCAGUUCAAACUUCUCGAGCGACUUGUUUCCUGGUCACGACGCAACGCUGGGGACGAUACACUGCGCAUUUAUGUCUACUCAGGACAUGCCAGCUCCGCCGGAACAGUGGCCAGUCGGUGGUACUUGAGCGGUCGAUAUGAUCCGAUUACCAGGAACCUUGUAGGUCCUCAGCUUGACUGGUGGAACAUUCGUAGCUACUUGGAACACUACACAGGCGACAUCUGUUACCUAUUUGACUGCUGCUCGGCCGGAUCAGGUGCUCUAGGCGCCUACGACGGCGCAGAGUUCAUAGCAGCCUCUGUCUGGGAUGCAGCAGCGACGGCGAAUACCCACUUCUCCUUUACCCGGAUUCUCAUCGAUGAACUCCGUCAGCUAAACGGUCAGGCCGAGACGCUGGCUUGUAUCUAUGCUCUAAUUUUCCGCAAUGCGCAGCAGAAUCAAAUCGGGGCUCCACCAAUCCAUAUCCCUAAACUGAAUUCGCCAAGCGUGACCAUCGGCCGCAAUCGCUCGAGGCCGGCGGCCACAAGAAGUAGCGAGCGAGACAGUUACCGGGUGCUACUAAGCGUCAAAGUCCGGGACGAGAUUCCCCCAGAUCCCACUCAAUGGAAAGAGUGGUUGACUCGGAAUAUUCCUGCCAGCGUCUUAUCCGCCAAGGUCACGAUUGAAGGAGCCUUUCGAGGUUCUAGUCUCCUUCUUUUCACCGUUCCCGUCGAGAUCUGGACAAUGAUGCCGGCUAAUGACCCAUCCUACACGUUUAUUGGGCACGUUAAGUCUCAUAUUAUUUUAUCCCAACAAUUGACUCAAACAACCACGCUACCAAUGCGCUUCCCCCCUCUAUCUGGAGGAGAAAAUCAGCCACCGCGAGGCCCAGACAGAAAGUCUCUCGGUAGUCCUGGGCCUGCGCCUCCUCGUUGGUAG